CACACAAGGGCAUAGAGGGAAGGCUUUGGCGCUCUCCUGAGAGCUGUUAGAAGAUAUUUUCACCUUACGCCUCAGGACCCGUCCAUGCAGCUAUGAUCUUCACAGCAGAGCAGGUCACCUGCGUGUGCGAGGUCCUGCUGCAGAGCGGCUGCAUAGAUCGUCUCGCCAGCUUCCUCCGCACUCUUCCUCCUGCUUCCUCCUCCUCGUGCCCCGAGGAGCUUGAGAGCGUGCUAAAAGCCAAAGCCGCGGUGGCCUUUCACCAAGGGCGCUUCUCAGACCUCUACACCCUGCUGGAGGGCUUCCUCUUCUCUCCACGCAGCCACCCGCUCCUGCAGCAGCUCUGGCUGCAAGCCCACUACAUAGAGGCGGAGAGGCAGAGGGGUCGACCCCUGGGAGCUGUGGGGAAGUACCGCGUGAGGAGAAAAUUUCCCCUACCAAACACCAUCUGGGACGGAGAGGAGACCAGUUACUGCUUCAAGGAAAAAUCUCGGAGUAUCCUCAGGGAGUGGUACCACCGUAAGCCGUAUCCCUCCACCCGAGAAAAGCGGGAGCUAGCAGCAGCCACCGGCCUCACCGCCAUCCAGGUCAGCAACUGGUUCAAGAACCGCCGGCAGAGGGACCGCAUAGUGGAGUUUACCGGGUCAGUGAAGGGCACCAGCUCGCUUUUUCAGACAGGCUCUCGAGGACCUUCAGAACAAGCCUACCCAUCCUCUGACAACGACCUUUCACCUCCAGGCAGUCCUCAGUGCUGCAGUGAACCACCUCCACCCCUUUUCCAUCCACCGCCUCCUCCACUGCACCACACAUGUGGAGGGCAUCCAGAUGUUUAAACUGUCCAGUGGUUGAUAGAUCAUCAUAAUUUCUGUUGUAAUUGAAAGUUUAUUACCAAAACAAGACCUAGAAGAUCCCGUACAGAGACUUAAAUGGUUAAAGAACAUCACACGAGACAGACAUCAGACGCCUGGGGAUUAAACCCAACAGACUGGAUCACAGGUGUGGCAAAAAGGUGCAUCUCCACGCUGCAUUCACAGAUGAAACCAAAGCAUUUAUAAUGAUCAGGGAAUUAUUUUUAUUUUUUAAAGGGUACGUGCUGGUAAACUCCUCCCACGUUCACCCAAAGGUUACACACUGAACCAGGAGACAGAGUUUUCAGUGUUUACGACUUCCUGAAAUGUCUCGAAACUGUAAGAGAACCUGAAUAAAAUAAUUUCACAAUCA